CUUCUUCGAUUUUCUUCCGCUUCAAGCAUCGGUUUAUUGCCCUAAAUUCCAUCUAGAGGAAUCGUAAUCUCUGAGAAGAAGAAGAAGGAAACCGACGAUUUCAGUCUUCAGAGCUUGAAAUAUUGAAGGAUUAUUAUUCCAUUGCAAGCAAUUUCUGUGGGAAUCGAUAUUUCUCCGCUUGUAAUGUGAUGUGAAGUUUGCAUUUACUUCAAAUCUGUUGAUUUUUAUCGGAAGAUCGAUGAUUAUCUGAAAGACGCAGUCUUUGGGUGGGUUAAAUGCUAUUAUUCGUCAUUCGGAAGAGACUGCAGCUUUGGUAUUGUUACCGAAGCUCCUUGCUUCUUUUCAUUCUGCUAUCGGCCUCUUUCUGGAUUUCUUUUGUUUCUUCGGAAGACUGUGACAGCCCAUUUAGAGAUUCAGAGCUGUGAGUAUGAGGAAAAAUGGGAAUUCUCACUCGGGGCGGGCCUCAUUCAGUGACAGAGGGUGGCUUCUUCCCUUUUUAGCAAGUUUGCUCGUAUCUGUUACUCUGUUUUUGGCAACCAUUCUCGGGAUUUUUUCUUCUCCUUAUGGCGGAGAUUCAUUGUCCUUUGAUUUUAUCUCCUUUUCUCGAAGGGAAGACUCUAGCGGGUACUUUGUUGAAUCGGAUCUCAAGAUGCCUCUCAACCCACCUGGGGUUUCCCAACUGAAAGGCCCACCUCGACUGGCUUAUCUCAUUUCGGGGACGAAGGGUGAUAGCCAAAGAAUGAGGCGGACAUUGCAGGCUGUUUAUCAUCCUAGAAAUCGGUAUAUUCUGCAUAUGGAUCUUGAGGCUCCUCCAAGGGAAAGGAUAGAGCUGACCAUGUUUGUGAAGAAUGAUCCCACGUUUCGUGAGGUGGAGAAUGUGCACGUAAUGGCGCAAGCCAACCUGGUGACUUAUAAGGGCCCUACAAUGAUUGCUUGUACGCUUCAAGCUGUGGCAAUUUUGCUAAAGGAGAGUGCGAACUGGGACUGGUUUAUAAACCUUAGUGCUUCUGAUUAUCCUCUUGUUACGCAAGAUGAUCUUCUCCACAGUCUUUUGCAUUUGCCAAGGGAUCUCAAUUUCAUUGAACAUACACGUGUUGUUGGGUGGAAAGUGAACCAGAGAGCAAAACCAAUCAUUGUCGAUCCUGGUCUUUACUUGUCUAAAAAGUGUGAUGUUUUCUGGACUACUGCACGUCGAUCACUGCCAACAUCUUUCAAGUUAUUCACAGGAUCAGCAUGGGUUAUGCUGACUCGGUCAUUCCUUGAGUACUGUAUAUGGGGGUGGGAUAACCUCCCCCGGACUCUUCUUAUGUACUACACCAACUUCGUGUCCUCACCCGAAGGCUACUUCCACACCGUCAUCUGCAACUCUGAUGGCUUCCGCAACUCCACUGUUAGCCAUGACCUACACUACAUCGCUUGGGACAGUCCUCCCAAGCAACACCCCCUUAUAUUGUCCAUCAAGAACUUUGAUGAAAUGGUCAAAAGCGGAGCUCCCUUUGCUCGGAAAUUCGAGAAGGAUGACCCAGUAUUAGACAAGAUUGACCGAGAACUCUUGGGUCGAUCUGUAGGUAGGUUUGCUCCCGGUGCAUGGUGUGUUGGGAGCUCGGAUGAUGGUUCCGACCCUUGUUCCUCAAGAGGGGACGAUACAGUAUUCCGACCUGGUCCGGGCACUGAGAGGCUUCGAGAACUAUUUCAAAAGGUAAUGUCUGAAGAAUUUCGUAGCAAGAGCUGUUCAGCUCAGAGGUAAGAUUUGAUAAAUAUAAUGUUGUAGAUUAUUGUCUUAAGUGAUGUAAAUUGUCAGUUUUCAUUUAGUUUUUUUCCCCCAUUUGAAUUGUAUUUUACAGUUUUUUUCUUCUUCUUCUUUUUACCCCUUGUAAUUGAAGAUACUGGAAUGAAUGUGAUGUACUAACGCUAAAAAUGUUCAUAAUCCACAGCAUUACAUUCAGUCCCUUUUCUUCUUGC